CCAAGAAACUUACAAAAAUGAAAAGUGAAGACGUCUGCACAGAAACAAAUGAAAUAUCUUGCAACGGAACAUCAGCUACUUCUGUGAUUGUCUCCCUUGAUCGGACUUCCGGUCCAUUAAUGGAGGAUCGCUUAGUUAGAUGUCAUGGCAUAGGAAUUAGUUAUAUAUGUAAAGUGUGUGGUAAGGAGUGUAAUAGCAAUGCAGAUCUAGAGGAACAUAAAAUAACUCAUACCGAAGAACAAGCUUUCAAAUGUAAAAAGUGUAAUAAAGAGUUUCGUGCAUAUAGUGUGCUACAGAUGCAUUUAAAGACACACGCUAGGUGUUAUAUAUGUGAUAAAUGCGGUAUAGGUUUUCGUAAGGAUGAUGACUUAAAGACACACUUGAAAAGUCACUCUGAAGAUAAACCUAAUGUUUUUACGUGUGAUGUAUGUGAAAAAGGGUUUAGUCAAUAUAGGUAUCUACAGACCCACAUGAGAACACAUACUGGAGAUAACCCUUAUAAAUGUGAUGUAUGUGGUAGAAGAUUUGCUUGUAGUAAUUACAAGCAAAAUCAUAUGAGAACACAUACUGGUGAAAAACCAUAUGUAUGUGAUGUAUGUGGAAAAAGUUGUAGCCAGCUUAGUAGUAUACAGAGGCACAUGAGAACACAUACAGGUGAUAAAUCUUAUAAAUGUGAUGUAUGUGGUAAAGGGUUUACUAACAAAUGCUGCUUGAAGAGACACACAAAAACACACACUGGUGAAAGACCUUUCAAAUGUGAAAUAUGUGGUAAUGGGUUUAUUCGGAAUUGUGACUUACAAAAACACAUGAGAAUACAUACUGGCGAAAAACCGUAUAAUUGUGAUGUAUGUGGUAAAGGGUUUACUACCAAAUGGUACCUGAAGAACCACACAGCAACACACACUGGUGAAAGACCUUUCAAAUGUGAUGUAUGUAAUAAUGGGUUUAGAAAAAAUUGCGAUAUAAUUAGACAUAUGAGAAUACAUUCUGGUCACGACGAUAAACUGUAUAAAUGUGAUUUAUGUGAGAAAAGGUAUAGUAAGAAACAGCAUUUAACAACUCACAUGAGAACACAUACUGGUGAUAAACCGUAUAAAUGUGAUGUAUGUGGGAGAAGGUUUACUACCAGUUCGUGCCUGAAGAGACACACAACAACACACACUGGUGAAAGACCUUUCAACUGUGAUAUAUGUGGUAAAGGUUUCAUUCAGAAUUGCGACUUACAGAAACACAUGAGAAUACAUACUGGUGAUAAACCGUAUAAAUGUGAUGUAUGUGGUAAAGGAUUUAGUCAAAAAGGUCACUUACAAACACACAUGAGAUUACAUACUGGUGAUAAACCUUUUAAAUGUGAUUAAUAUUAUACAUGUUAUAAAUGUUUUAGACAGAAUACAAAUUUAAAGACACACAUUAAAAAAAAAAACACUUAUGAUAAUUAAACCAUAUACAUGUGAUGCAUGUAGAAUAGGAUCAGAAUUCGACUCUGCUGACAUGCGCACUGACAAUAAACUACUGUAUAGUUUGCUAUGUGUAGUUAAUUAAGUAGAAAUGACUUUCAGAAACAGAAGAUAAUUCGUACUUGUGAUAACCUUUUGCAUGUUUUACGAAUGUGAUAUAAGUGGUUCUUUCGUGGCCAUGAGUAGCAUUUGGAUUCUUUAAAAUGCCAUGUGCCCAAUGGAUCAAUGGCUAA